AUGGAGAGAGUCACCCAGUUCGCGGCCAACUUCAAGUCGGCUGCUGCGUUCCACGCUUUUGUUCGGACAGAGCCUCAGCAUGGGCUUCUCUCGUCCCGAUGGAUCAACGACGAUCUAAAGCCAACAAGUCCUGAGCGUCGCACUUGGACAUGGUACCAUCUUCCUCUCUUCUGGGCCGGUCUGGCCUUUGGAACUACCGGUUGGAACGUCGCCUCCUCCUUGAUUGCUGUUGGAUUGUCAUGGCAAUAUGCCUUGUGCUCUUGCAUCCUUGGUAGCGCCAUCUCAGCGUUCGCGGUCACAGCUUUAGCCCGACCAGGUGGUCGAUAUCACGUUGGAUACCCGGUCGUCCUCCGAGCAGUGAUGGGAAUGUACGGCUCAUUUGUUUUCGUCUGUCUGCGUCUGAUGACGGGUCUUUUCUGGUUCGGGAUCCAAACGUACUCGGGCGCCAACCUGAUCUCGACCUGUAUUCUGUGCAUGUUCGGCUCGUCAUGGAAGAACUGGGAAAACACUCUGCCUUUAUCGGCCGACAUCACCUCCAAGCAGCUGGUUUGUUUCUUCGUGGCCUGGCUCAUUCAGAUGCCAUUGCUCUUCAUCCACCCGUCCAGAAUCCAAUGGUUCUUCACCGUCAAAGGCCUGGUCAUGCCAGUGGCCACCUUUGGUCUGUUCGGCUGGUGCAUGGCCCACGGCCAGGGCAUCGCGUCCAUUGGCAACCCCGUGGCCAAGGCAGCCGACGGGGUUCCUCUGGGAUGGGCCAUCAUGGCCGGCAUCAACACCAUCAUGGGCACCCUCGCGUCUCUGUCCGUCACGCAGUCCGACCUGUCGCGCUAUUGUCGAAAACCCUCCGACGCCGGGCCGCUGCAGGGAUUGGCCGUUUUCGUGUCCAAGACUCUGGUCUUCUUCCUCGGACUGGCCGCGACCGCGUCCAUCCAGGGCGCCUGGGGCACGGCAUACUGGAACAUCUGGGAUCUGCUCGACGCCAUCCUCGACCGCUACUGGACCGCCAGUGCCCGGACCGCCGUCUUCUUGGUCUCUCUGGCUUUCUACGGCUCAGCCAUCGGCUCCAACAUCGGCACAAACACCAUCGCCUUCGGCGCCGACUUGACCGGUCUGAUGCCCAAAUACAUGACGAUCGUGCGAGGCCAGGUCAUCUGCUGUUUCCUGGGUAUUGCCAUGGUCCCGUGGAAGAUUCUGGCGUCGGCAGAGAACUUCAUCACCUUUUUGGGCUCCAUGCCAAUCUUCUUCGGUCCGUUGUCUGCUAUCAUGAUCACCGACUAUUUCUACGCUCGACGCGGGAACCUACACAUCGUAUCCUUAUUCCAGGGCGAAAAAGGCACCAUCUACUGGUACACCUAUGGCGUCAACUGGCGCGGCAUUGCGGCCUGGCUGUGCGGCUUCGCGCUCGGUCUGCCCGGGCUGAUCGGCCGCUUCCACCCGCACGCCGUCGACGACGCGGCCAAAAACAUCUACCGCAUGGGCUGGCUGAUCACCUUCUGCACCUCUGGCGUCGUCUAUGCUGCUCUCGUCACCAUCUUCCCGGUCCCCGUGUAUCCGGCCCGUUAUGACGACACGCCCAAAACCUUUGAGUAUCUCGGCAAGACCGACGGCUUCUUCGACGACGAACAGGUCAUCUACAUCGACGGUACUGCGUCGGAAGAUGCAGAUCUUGAGAAGAAGAUGGCGGCGGCCACGGUCAUCACGGAAACUAAGCUAUAG